AUGAGCGGGGCGGGAGCGGCGGCGGGGGUGGCGGACGCGGUCCGGGGGUUGCGGGUGGACGGGCUGCCCCCGCUGCCCAAGAGCCUGAGCGGGCUGCUGCACUCGGCGUCGGGCGGCGGCGCGUCGGGGGGCUGGCGGCACCUGGAGCGGCUGUACGCGCAGAAGUCGCGCAUCCAGGACGAGCUGAGCCGCGGGGGCGCGAGCGGCGGCGGGGCCCGGGCCGCGGGGCUGCCCGCCAAGCCGCCCAACCUGGACGCCGCGCUGGCCCUGCUCCGCAAGGAGAUGGUUGGCCUCCGACAGCUGGACAUGUCCUUGCUUUGCCAACUCUACAGCCUCUACGAGUCCAUUCAGGAAUAUAAGGGAGCGUGCCAGGCCGCAUCCAGCCCGGACUGCACCUACGCUCUGGAGAAUGGGUUCUUCGACGAGGAGGAGGAAUAUUUCCAGGACCACCACACCCUCCACGAUGGGAGGGAGCGGGGCCCUCCGAGGGACUUGCCGCUGCCUGUCUCCUCGCUCUCCAGCAGCGACUGGAUUCUGGAGUCCAUCUAGAAGAGGGAUCUCAGCAGACAGGCCGCUGCUACCACAGGACACACUGUCAGCAUUAGCUCCUCCUCCUAAGAAAGCUCCUCUGCUCCUCCAUCGAGGGCAGUCCUCAGGUUCGAGGGGCCAGUGCUACCAGUUUAAUUUGGAGGAUCCACGUGGCAGUCUGUCCCAGUGGCUGGAGUGUCUGCCUUGAUGGCCUCGGCUUGGCACCACAGUACAGAGGCACCCUGGCCGAGGAGUCCUUUUCAUGAUCCAACAGGAGGAUCCUGGGGGGCAGACCAUCCGGAGCCCUUUCACCCAAGAUGACUUUCACUAGUUACUUCCUUGCAGGUGGUAGACAACCAGCUACUCUGUUGUAGGAAUUGCCUCCAGGUUGCAAUGUAGGAAAACUAACAAUUUGGGCCCCUCCCCCCCUUAAUACGUCCCGGCAGCCUUUCUUGCUUUUGUUUUGGGAUCAUUUUUGAGGCUCUUGGUUGGGUUUUGUUUGUAAGCUGCAUUACUAACUGUCCCAGUGACUCAGUGAAAGCUCUUUACCAAAAAAGUAGAUAUUUCAGGUCACAACAAUCAACUGCAUUCUGUUCACCAGUCAAAAUUUGUAGCGUUCUUUGUCUAUCAAUGGAGGAGCCGGGAAGAGAACAGAGAUAUGUUGGCAAAAAGAAACAGGGGCAAGCUCGUGUUUUGUGUCAUUCACUGUAAGAUGGCAAACAUUUUUGUUCUGGAAGAUUCUAAAUGUAAACCGGUAUAUUAGAAAGCUAUCCUGCCUCUUCCACUCAAAACCAUGAUCACCUUAAGCCUUAAUAUAUUUAUUAAAAUCUUUUAUGAACACUAUACACUUUGUAGGUUAAAAAUGAGGAUAAAAUGCAAAACUCUCUGA